AUGCCCAAAAACACCCUUUACGUUACAGGGUUCACCAAAGAAUCCAAGGCAGCCGACUUGGCGCCCGACUUCGAGAAAUAUGGCGAGCUCGUCCGGCUCGAUAUUCCUCCCCCCAGAACAGACGACGGUGAAAAGUAUGCCUUCGUGGAAUACAAGACCGAAGAAGAUUGUGAGAAGGCUCUAGAGCUCGAUGGCAAACCUUUGCCUUACGCCAAACAAGACGGUUUGGUUGUCCAGAUGGCCCGUUCAGAUCCCUAUUCCGCCAGAAGAGGUCUGUUUAGAGGAUCCCGAGGUUUCAGAGGUGGCCGUGGAGGUUACGGAAGAGGCGGAUACCCUAGAGGAGGAUACGCCACACCUCCUUACGGAGCUCCAUACCCACCCCCACGCGGCGGCAGAGGUGGCUACGGCUACGGCUAUGGCUACGAAAGAGGCGGAUACGGCUACCCUGCUCCACACCCUUAUCCACCUCCAAGAGGAGGCCGUGAUCCAUACUACGACGGAUACGGCUACGGUAGAGAGCCUUAUGGCUACAGAGACAGGCGGUACGAUGGUCCUGGUGACGAAAGAGAUUCGUACAGAGACAGAGCAGACAGAUAUGUGGGUGACCGCGGAGGAAGAGACCGUGAUUUCGAGACUAGGGACGAGGACCGCAGCCGAGACGCUGCUGGUCCCGAUGCGCAUGAACCUAAUGGGAACGACGAGUAUUCUCGUGGCCGUUACUCAAGGUCAGCCUCUCCUCAGAGGGAAAGGUCUCGCUCUCGUUCUCCCAGCCGCUAA